AUGGAGUGGUACUUGGCGAAGUGCACGUCGACGGUAGUCAAACUUGACAUUAUUGGUUCAUGGGUCUUCCAUGUCGGUAGUCAUACAUAUAUCAUAGAGGAACUUGGUCUUGCGAAGAGCAAGACAAAAGGGCCUCAGGCAGGCAGCAGCAAGGAGGCGAUGGUGCAGCGGGAAGCAGCCAAAGGUGCACGGGGCAGCGGAGAAAACGUGGUGCUCGGACAUGGUCGCUGGCGCACACAGUGGACAUGGAGGCAGGGCGAUGAGAAGGCGCACGGCUCGGUGACGAGGAGGACCAGCGGGUCCAGGGGGUGGAGGUGA